AGAAGACACAGUUCAAUCUAACAUGAAUAACUGAUAUGAACUGGUCUUGCUGGAAGAUUUAUGCAUCAAAAAUGAAAUUCGUCUAUGCUGUGUGCAUCUGGAUUUGUCUGUCAGGGUUUGGACAUUCAGCUGCUGAUGGGAGGGUCAUUAACAAACAUGAAGGAGAUCAAGUCACAAUUACGUGUACUCCUGUUCCGGAUUCAGAAAACAAAAAGUAUUUCUGCAAACAUCCAUGUAAAGAUAAAGAUAAAGACACUAUAGUAUCAUCUGAUCGGCCUUCUAACGGGAGAUUCAGUCUGAAAUAUUAUGGAAAAGGAAAGUUUACAGUGACCAUCACUGAUCUACGGGUGUCAGACUCUGCGAAUUACUGGUGUGGAGUGGAGCUAGUAGGUAGAGUAGACGGAUCUGAAAAGGUCAAACUGACAGUAUCUAAAGGUGUUAAGAGCGCUAUUACCACUUAUACAACUGUCAUGCCAGCAAUCACCACAUCUGGUUUAAAAUGCAUGGGAAUUUCAUGUAUACAAAAUCUCCUUGACCAGAUAGAGAAUAUUACCAUUGUCAAUUUAACGGAUGUGACCAUGGUCAUGGAUAUGGUCUUCAGCACUUCAGAGAAGAUAAACACAUCAUCAGAUGACCAAAAGAAACUAGUGUCAGAUGUGUUAAAAGCCAGUGAGAAGCUUGUGUCAAAGUUGGUGAAGCCAACAAACACCUAUGGCAAUGUCAGUUUCACUCGUGCAGCUGUGGAGGGGCAAGUGUUUAUGGUUGGACCAAAGGCCAACCUUGAUAAAAUCCCUCGGCUCAACACAUUAAAUGCUUCUAUAGACAUCGAUCUUAUUGGGAUCGCCAGGAACAAUUUUAAUUCAGCUGCUGUGGCUUUCAUGAGCUACAACACAAUGGAGAAUCUACUGAAACCAGACUUCUUCAACACAUCAGAUGACACAGUUAAAACCAUGAUGUCCACUGUCAUCUCUGCUACUCUUCCUGAAACCACCAACACAACCCUCACCAAACCAGUCAACUUCACCCUCAAACACAUCAGAGAGAUAAACAACAGUGGAAAUCUUUCCUGUGUGUACUGGAACAUCACUGAGUGGAUUGUAGAUGGUUGUUCUGUGGUAAAGAUCAACAGCAGCUUCACUGUGUGUUCAUGUCGUCACCUCUCAACAUUCGCUCUCAUCAUGCAAACCAGACCAUCAGAGGAUAAUAGUCAGCGGAUGGAGUCGAUGAAUAUGGUGUUUGUGAUCGUGGGUCUGGUGUUUACUAGUUUGGCUCUGUUGACUUUUGCUUUCUGUCGAUGGAAACCUGGAGUGAACAAUGUUGCUCGAAUCAACCUCUGCAUCAGUCUGCUGUCUGCUCAUCUUCUGUUCUUACUCACACAACAAUUCAUCAAUCUCAUAAAACCUCACAAGGAGUUGUGUGCUGUGAUAUCAGGAGCUCUUCACUUCUUCUUUCUCUCCUGCUUUGUGUGGAUGUUCAUUGAAGCUGUGCUGCUCUUCAUCUGUGUGAAGAACAUAUCACAGAUCAGCUCCAGACAGAGGGCGAUGCUUAACAAGGGAUUCUUGAUUGUGAUUGGUUAUGCGAUUGAUUUUGUUAUAGUAGGCGUGUCUGCUGGACUGGUUCCUGAAGGCUACGGCAGUGAAAAAUGUUGGAUUAAACAGGAGAAAGGCUUCGUCUGGAGUUUUCUGGGACCGGUUUGCUUCAUUCUUGCAAUUAACACGAUUAUCUUCAUCAGUAUCUUCAUCAGUCUGAACUUAACUCUCAAAAACCUCAACCUUGAUGUUUCACACAUGAGACAAACCAAGAUUACGGUUUUUAAAACUCUGGCCCAGUUUGUGAUUUUUGGUUGUCCCUGGAUUCUGGGUCUCUUCAGUAUACACAGUAAGAUGAUGGAGAUUCUCUUCCUGAUCCUGAACUCACAGCAAGGAACCUUCAUCUUCCUGGUCUUCUGUGUUCUCAAUAAUGAGGUCAGACAGCAGUAUGUGAAGUGGAUGAGAGCUGUCUUUCCCGGACUCGAACCAAAUACCUUAUAAAAUGCCCCUAUCCCCAAAAAAUGAUUACAGUUAAAUAGAACUACAGAUAAAAGUUUAUGUAGUCAUAGUCUUAUUUUCUGUACAUGUUAUUGAUAAACAUUCCAUACUUUAUACAAUAAUGCAGAAAUACAGUCUUCAUGUAAAUACAAUAUUUACUCGUGUAAAGGGAACAAUAUUUAAAACUGCUAGUAACCUCAGGUGUGUUUCACUUAAUAUGACACUGAGCAGAUCGAUCGCUACAGUAUUUCGAAAGCUCAUUUGGCCCUACCAAUAAGCAACAUAAGCCGUUGCAUAAGCCCCCUUUGCUGUGCAUGAAAAUAAAAUGUACUAGCUAUGUACCACUUAUUUGCGUCUGUCAAUCACGCAUUAGCAUAAACUGUGCAAAGCUUAAUAAUGAAACCAGUCUGGCGCAGAUAUGAAAGAGGAUGAGGAAAGAAAGGAGCAAGAGAAGGGUGUUGAAUUAACAAGAUAUGUAAAACAUUGUUGAAAAUACUUGUAACUGUGGUUCUGUACAAUGACCAAUUGCUUAUUAAACAUACUAAAUGGUGUUUUAUUUUUAUAAAAUUUAUAAAAUACCUGAUGUGUUUUGUCAAGGUUAGGGGUUAGUGUGGAAGGGGACAGAAUAUAAUUUGCACAGUUAAAAGCUUUACGUCUGUGGAGAAUCCUCAUGAACCAUGUGUGUGUGUGUGUGUGUGCACUUUUGAAGUAUUUGAAGUAUUGUAUGUUUUCUAAAUACAUUGAUGUAGCAUGCAAAAUGUAAUUAUAUUGUGUUGUUGUUAAUCUGAUAUUGUCAGAUUGUCUUUGUGAUAUAAUCUGUGCAAUGUUAGUAUUUUGUGUACAUUAGAUGAUGGGGGGCCUCAUUUUGAAAUCUGCUUAGGGCCCCUAAAAAGCUAGGGCCCGCCCUGCAUAAUAAUAUAACGUUGAGAUCGUUUCCCCAGCAAUGCUGCAUCGAACUUUGUUUAUUAAGCAGCGAGUAACAUUGUAGUUCAGGAAACAUCCUGCAUUGAUAGCACAGCUCUGAUUGGUAUUAUUGAGUGCAUGAACCACAUGACUGUGUUGUGUCGCAUCUCUGUUUUUAAAUAACUUUGGUCCUAAUAAAAUAAAAUACAAUAAUGAUUUAUUUUUAUUGUUAAUUAAUUCUUAAUAAAUAGAGUGAGAAAUCA